AUGGAGGAUAUUGUUGAUAAGCAGAAUGGAAAAGCAGAUGACAUCGAUUUGUCGACAAACACGGUGUCACCUCAGGACCAGAGUAUAGCGAGACACAAAAAAGUGAAAACUUUUCAGCUGUACAUGGCGUUUUUUGCGCAGGGGAUGUGUGUUGGUAUCAUUGGACCCAGUCUACUUCAUCUCAAGCAACAAGUUGGAGUGACUUUUCAACAGAUCACCUAUGUAUUUCUAGCACGUACCAUUAGUUACACUGUUGGAUCUGCAGUUGGUGCUCCUUGUUAUGAUCGAUUUGACAACCAGUUAUUACUUAGUUUUAGCAUGCUUGGUACAGCUAUUGGCAUAUUGGUGCCCUGGUGCAGCUCUCUGCCUAUGCUUAUUGUUGCCUUUGUCAUAUGGGGAGCUCCAAGCGGUUUCCAGACAUUGGGUUGCAACAUGAUGUGUCUUAACUUCUGGGGAAAGGAGUCUGGACCAUGGAUACAGGGGUUGCACUUUUCAUACGCACUGGGAGCGACGAUAUCGCCUCUGAUUGCAGCGCCAUUUUUAACUUCGUAUGAUCACCCUGCAAGGAGCGAUACGGGUACAGCCAUUGAUUCAUCACAAAACACAACAAUCGGUAUAAAUAUCGCUCUCGAUUAUGUCACAGAUACUCCAUUUAAUUUACUACAGUCAGUAUUAUCAGGGGCAAAUGAAACGUUAAGGCCACUAAGCCAGAAUAUCACAUAUGACGGAACCACUACAGAUACCAUCUCAGUUUACAAAUCAAAACCAUUAUCAGUAGGACGUCUCUGGAUUCCUUAUACAAUUAUUUCUCUCUACUGUUUUGUGGUUGCGUUAUUAUACAUCAGUUCAUUUUGUGCUGGCAACCGGAAGUGCGUCAUCAAACAGAACAUUUCCUGCAACACGAAAAUACGUGAGAACGCUCAAUAUCAAGGCACUAUAUUUCGAUGCACAUUUCUUACUCUGAUGUUUUUAUUCGCGUUCUUUUAUGCUGGUAACGAAGCCAUUUAUGGUGGAUUCUUAUACACAUUUGCAAUGCAGUCAGCACAUAAUUUCACGCCACGUACUGCAAGUUAUCUCAACUCGGCUUACUAUGGAAGUUUCGCUUUGGCACGUGGAGCCGCGAUAUGCGUUGCAAUGUUUAUCUCACCUGCAAAAAUGUUAAAUGCUGACCUGUGUGGCAUGUGUACAGCAAGCAUCCUGCUUGUCGCAUUCGCCAGUAAAAACCUGAAUAUCCUGUGGGCUGCUACUAUUCUGCUUGGUGUCUCUAUGGCCUCUGUGUAUCCAACAGGGCUUGCAUGGGCGGGGGAAUAUAUUGUUAUUACGGGAACAGCCACGGCUGUUUACGUUGUUGGAGCAUCGCUAUCAAUAAUUGCACUGCCAAUGUUGAUGGGCUAUUUGAUCGAAUCAUUUGCCGCAAUCUCUCUCAUGUACGUCGUGCUGGCCAUGACUUUUGGAAUAACGCUAACGUAUAUUAUAAUGCAAGUUAUAGCGCUUCGAAAAUGCAGUGAAAAAGCGGGUCUAUUUGCGGCUGGAGAUUCUGAUAUGAAUGGAAAAGUCACACAUGUUUAG